AUGGUGAAAAAACAUUCGGAACGUUUUGAACAAAUCGUCCGUGUUACGAGAUUUUGUGCCGACAUUUGUGGUGCUGAUGUUUUUGAUGAAAACUAUCAUGUUAAUAUUCGAACCAUAUUCGUCAUAUCAAUAAUUGGAUCAUCCUUUAUAUUUCUUGGCUAUACCAUGGUCGUUGGCUAUAUAAAAGAAGGAGAUUGGACAAUUAUUGUCCAAGUGAUAUCGUUGGGUGGUGGAACCCUAUUACAGGGUCUUUGUACUUUUGUUAUAUACAUAACCAAUCAAAAACAAUAUCGUUUUCUUCUCAGCGAAUGUUAUGAUUUAUAUAAGAAAUACGAACAAAUGGAUUCGGAUUAUCGUGUCUAUCUGAACAAGGGCCUGCAAUUGCUGGCCAAUUUUAUGAAAUUAUGUGCCUUCAUCAAUUUGAUGUUAGUUCUGGGUAUGAGUUCAUUUACUUUUCUCUAUAAUUUGAUAUUCAAUGUGCAAGAAACAAUUGUGUAUGCAUUUGUACCGGGGCUGGAUAUUGAAACCACAUCUGGUUUUUGGAUCACCAGUGGCAUGCAGGUAAUGUUUAUAGCUGUGGGUGGAUUCGGUUUAUAUUCGGGUGAUAUGGCCGUAUUGACACCGAUUUCACAAAUACCCACAUUCCGAGGUAUAUUGCAGUGUAAAUUUCGUGAAAUUAAUGAUCUACUGAAUGAUGACUAUGAAACGGAGAGGGAAAGAACACUGAAGACACUGGCUGCCUUAAGGGGUAUUUUACAAUUUCAUCAGAAAUAUUUAAUAUUCCUCAAGACCAGUCGAGAAGUCACCUAUUGGAGUGUCCUGGCCAAGGUUGGUACUUGCUUUAUAGGCAUUGUAUGUGCCCUAUUCUGUGUACUGUUGGGUUCCUGGCCAGCUGGUUAUAUUUAUUUGCUUUACUGCUUUGUAAUGAUGCAAGUUUUUUGUGCCAUGGGUACUUUGGUCGAUAUUACGAAUGAAGAAUUUAUACAAUCAUGUUACAGUGAUGUUCGUUGGUAUGAGCUAUCGGUUAAGGAAAAGAAAAUGUUACACAUUAUGUUGCUGAUGGCCCAGAAUACCCAAGGUUUAUCUGUCGGAUCCAUAAUGCCGCUGUCGAUGAAUACGGGUCUGCAAAUCACCAAAACCAUUUAUUCGCUAACAAUGUUGUUAUUGAAUUUUGUUUAA